AUGGCACGACAGACGUCCGCAGUGAGCGGAGUGUGGAAGAAGGACUCGGUCAAGGAUGUGGCCGAGUCUGUGGGUAUCGCAAACCUGCCAGACGAGGUGGCUGGAGCGCUGGCGGGCGAUGUCGAGUACCGGUUGUGGGAGAUUAUCGAGGAGAGCAUGAAGUUUAUGCGGCAUGCGCGGCGGACACGGCUAAAGGUGGAGGACGUCGACCAGGCUCUCAAGGUCCGCAACCUCGAACCGCUCUGGGGCUUCGCGUCGUCGUCGCAGAUGCCGUUCAAGAAGACUGUCACGGCGACAGGGACGGUGUACCAUGUGGAGGACGAGGAGGUCGACCUGAGCAAGGUCAUCAAGACGGAGAUUCCCAGUGUACCGAGGGACAUCAGCUUCACCGCCCACUGGCUCGCUAUCGAGGGCGUUCAGCCUCUAAUCAAGGAGAACCCGACGCCGCAAGAACUCGCACGCUACGCACCGAAACCCGCAUCCACCGCUCUCAUCCCCUCCGCAGCAUCAGCCGCCGGCCAACCCCCCUCCGCCGUCACUCCUCUCGUCAAGCACGUCCUGUCGCGCGAGCUGCAACUCUACUUUACCCGGCUUGUCGACGCACUCGGCGCGGGCACUCAAGGAGCGACGGAGUCGAGCUCGGAGGUCAGGGAGGCGGCGCUGGGAAGUGUCCGGCACGACCCGGGUUUGCAUCAGCUUGUGCCGUACCUCAUCGCUUGGGGCGGCGAGCAGAUCGCCAACAACCUCCACGACCUGCCAGCACUCCAGCGCGCACUCGACCUCUUCCACGCGAUGCUCGAAAACCCGACGCUCUUCGUCGAGCCAUACCUUCACCAGCUCACUCCGCCCAUCCUCACCUGCCUCCUUACCUCCGCCCUCCCUCCCGUCCCUUCCGACACCUACCCUUCCCCACCCACCAUCCGCACCCUCGCCGCUUCGCUCCUCCACCUCCUCCUCGAACGUCACGCCUACGCUUACCCUUCUCUCCUCCCGCGCGUGACGAAGACUCUCCUCCGCGGUCUGGCAGGCGAGAAUCGCGGACUGGGAGCGCGGUGGGGCGCUGCGCGUGGACUGAGCGGGAUUGUGGUUGGUGUUGGAGCGGAGCCGGCGACGGGUGGGACCGGGGGCGGGAACAAGGCGGUUAGGGAGUGGAUUGGUGGAGGGUUGAAGCCCCUGGGAGAGAUGAUUGAGCGGGAGGACGAGACGUACGAGGGAGAGAGGCAGGACGUCGUGCGGGAGAUCUUUAACGUCCUGAAGGAAUCCGUCCUCUCGCUCCCCUCCUCUGCCGACUCGUCCGCGCCUCGCCCGCCGCUCUCCGACCUGACCGACCGCUACGGCUCACUCUUCGCCUCCACCAUCGAAUCUCAAUGGGACCAAGGCGGGCGGGACGUGCACCAUGCUGUUGCGGGGAUUCAGCAGCAGUUGGAGCAGGAGGAUGCGGAGGCUGAGGCGGAGGUGGAGGACGAGGGGGAUGCGGAGGGCGACGAGGACGAGGAGGAUGAGGAGGACGGCGGGGCGAUGGAGGAGUAG